AUGGAUAGCUCUAUAGAGGAGCCGCUUUUGGCCUCGAACGCACACAACCAGGAGCCUGGAAAUGAGCAAAAUGGCAGGAUCAACACCAGAGCCUUGGUUCUCCUUUUCCUCAACGUCUUGGUGGUCGAUAUUGGAUACAUCAUCAACCUUGCCCCCAUGACGCGCAUUUUUGAGGACAUCACUUGCCGGCAAUAUUUGCACGCGUCGGGGGCGGCCUUCCUCUCCGAGGGAGGGCGGCCAGACGAGUCGCGCUGCAAGAUACCAGAGGUCCAGGGACCCGUCGCCGAGCUGUUUGGCUACCAGACGUUCUUCGACUCGCUAGUCGGGAUUAUUCUUGGUCUGCACUUCGGCGCGCUGGCAGACCGGAUCGGGCGCCGGCCCAUAUAUGUCCUCGGUCUCGGGGGCUCGUUUUUGGCGUCCUGCUGGAAACUUUACGUCUGCUGGAUGGGAUUUCCGCUACGAUAUGUGUGGCUAUCGUCGGCGUUCCUGAUACUGGGUGGCGGGGACACGGUGCUGAACGCUUGCUUGACCAUGAUCAUCACCGAUGCGACGCCUGCCGCGUUGCGGUCGAGGGUGGCUCUUUACUUUGCAGCGUCCAACCUAGGCUCUGAAGUUAUCGCGCCGCCCAUCGCGUCGUACUUUAUCGACAGCAACCCGUGGAUCCCGGUCGUCAUCGGUGUCUGCUGCAACGGCUUGGCGGUAUUGCUUGCUUCCUGCCUGCCAGAGACCCUGCCGCCGAAAACGAAACAGACAGAGACGAUCAACGAUGCGCAUGACGCCCCAGGGGAAGAUCGACUGGAACCGAUAGACGGCACUGCAAAGGACGGCUCGUUCAAGUCGACGAUCAAACACAUGCUACAGCUGCUCCAGUACAUCCGGGGCCAGCGCGCGUUGCUUCUCCUAGUCUGCGUCUUCGCGGUUUCAGACUUUGCCAGGCGGUCGAUGCAGUUUUUGGUGCAGUACGCGUCCGUCAGGUAUCGAAUGACCCUAGGACAGGCGAAUUAUCUGCUCGCGUGGCGAGCAAUGGUGGCUAUCGCAUUACACAUGACAAUCAUGCCAGCCACAGACAAGUUUGUGCAGUCGAAGCUGCGCAUGCCACCUCGGAAGAAGGAUUUGACUCUUGCGCGCAUAUCAAUAUGCUUAUACACCGCCGGCUUUGUCGCGCUAGCAUUUGCGCCUACCGUAGUGACUGUUAUUUUCGGGUAUCGAGCACAGCCGCAGGGGUUUGUUGGCGUGAUGUGA